AGUAACUCGAAAGUGUUUAACGGUCAAAUAACUGUCUUGAUUUGCCUGCCGCCAUUGCAUUCCAAUGGAGGCACUUUUAGCUUCAAACUGCACACUUCCUCGGUUGCCCGCCCAAAAGAGCCAGACAAUCAAGGACCCGAAGGACUGGAACUCGCUCAUCAAGUACCAUGCCAAGCUCAAGAACGACAAUGCCAUCCUCUCCACGUACACCCACAUGGAAUCCCUACGAAUCGUGCCCGAUAACACCGCCCUGCCCCUCGUCCUCAAGGCUUGCUCGGCCUUGAACUCUGUAGAAAUUGGAAAGAGGAUCCACUCUUCAGUUUUGGGCACGGAGUUGUCCGAGGACGUUCGGGUGGCUACGGCCCUCAUUGAUUUCUACUGCAAAGCGGGGCUCCUGGAUCAUGCUAAAUGCGUGUUUGAUGAAAUGUUCGAGAGAGACAUAAUUGCGUGGAAUGCAAUAUUAUAUGGGUAUGUGGGUGCAGGUCAAUAUGAGGAGGCGAUCAGUUUGUUCUCGGGAAUGGUUGAAGAGGGCUGGAAGCCCAAUUCUCGUACUAUAGUGGCGUUGCUUUUGGCCUGUAAAGAAGCGGGAAAGCUGAAACUUGGACGGGAGAUACAUGGGUAUUGCUUGAGACACGGGGUGUUCGACAUGAACCUUCAUGUAGGGACCACUCUGAUCGGAUUCUAUGCAAAGUUUGACUGGAAGGCUUCUUGUUCGGUGUUUGACAUGAUGGUUGUGAAGAAUGUGGUUUGUUGGAACGCGAUGAUUACUGGAUACUUUGAAGUCGGGGAUUAUGAAAGAGCAUUGGAGGUCUUUGUUCAGCUUCUUUGGGAAGGCUUUGAGUUUGAUUCCAUUACGAUUUUACUUGUGGCUCAAGCAUGUGCAGAGUGCGGCUCUCUUGAACUCGCGAUGCAGAGUCAUCAAGUUGCAGUGAAGUUUGGAUUUCUGGAUGAUCUAUGCAUAGUAGAUGCACUGCUAAACAUGUACAAAGCGCUAGGGAGAUUGGAUUUUGCUUGUCGGCUAUUUGAAGCUAAUAUGAGUCCUGAUGUGGCCUUUUGGAAUUCCAUGAUAUCUGUAUAUAUUGAAUUUGGCAAACCUGAAGAAGCUUUGGGUCUCUUCUUGCAAAUGAAUGAUCAAGGAGUGAGAGCAAAUGAACGAACUAUUGUGAUUGUGUUGUCGUCAUGUUCAGAUUUUGAUGGUGGGUUGGGAAUAGGUAAAAGCUUACAUGCUCAUGCAAUCAAGGUGGGGAUGAAGAUGGACCCUUAUCUAGGAAAUGAAAUCUUACAUAUGUAUGGCGAGCUGAAUUGUAUUGAAGCUGCUAAGAAGGUUUUUGAUCGACUGAAGAAUCAUGCUGAUGUAGUUUCCUGGAACAUAUUAAUUGCAGGUGUGGCCAAAAGUGAAAAGAUGAAGCAUGUAGUGUGGGAAAUCUUUUUAAAGAUGCAAAGUUCUGUGAUCAAACCCAACUCACACACCAUUAUACCACUGCUAGCUUCUUGUCAGGAUGAUACUGAUCUUAACAUGGGCCGGGCACUCCAUGGUUAUGCAAUAAAGGAUGGUAUUCAAAUCGAUACACCACUGAGCACGGCAUUGACUGAGAUGUACAUGAACUGUGGUGAUGAAGUGACUGCAAGAAGCUUAUUCAACUGCUGUCCUUCUCGAGAUAUAAUCUCAUGGAACUCUCUGAUUGCGAGCUACAUUAAGAACAAUCAGACCCACAAAGCCCUGCUGCUCUUUCAACGCAUGUGUUCAGAAGUUGAGCCCAACUCAGUCACGUUAAUAAAUAUUCUCUCCUCAUGUAUACAUCUAGCAGAUCUUUCCCUAGGCCGAUGUAUACAUGCUUACAUAACAAGAAAGGAGUCUUCAUUUGGAUUAGACUUAUCUCUCAUGAAUUCACUAUUAACAAUGUAUGCAAGGUGCGGAAGCCUUGAAAAUGCCAGAAAGAUCUUUUUAUCUCUAUCAAGGAGAGAUGUUAUCUCAUGGAAUGCCUUGAUAACGGGAUAUGGUAUGCAUGGGAGAGGACAUGAUGCAAUUUUCUCCUUUAACCAAAUGUUAGAAGAUGGUUUUCGACCAAAUAAGGUGACUUUUGUAUCGGUUCUAUCAGCAUGUAGUCAUUCCGGAUUAAUAGAUGAAGGGUUGCAGCUUUUUAGUUCCAUGUCUCGCAAUUUUAAUGUAAGCCCCGAGCUUAUUCACUAUGGAUGUGUAGUGGAUCUACUAGGCCGAGGGGGGCACUUAAAUGAAGCUCUGCACUUUAUACAUUCAAUGCCCAUUGAACCAGAUGCUUCAUUAUGGAGAGCUUUGCUUAGUGCCUGUCAGGUUUAUUCUGACACCAAAUUAGUGGAGCCUGUAUUUGAGAAACUCAUUGAAUUGGAGCCCAUGAAUGAGGGGAACUAUGUUCUGCUCUCAAAUAUCUAUGCUUCAGCAGGGCUCUGGUCAGAGGUCAGACGUGUGAGAAAGACGAUCAAAGAGAAAGGACUAAGGAAGCCUCCUGGAAUCAGUUGGAUUGUUAUAAGGAAUGUGGCUGACUUCUUCACUGCAGGAGAUCGAUCUCAUAUGAAAUCUGAUAUGAUUUAUGAAGUGUUGAGAUCUCUAUUAUGCUUGAUCAAGGAUGCGGGGUAUGUUCCUGAGUUUCAAUGGGCAUUGCUCAAUGAAGAGAACUAGAAGAAUAUUCAGGGAAUGUUUCUGCUUUCACAUAUGUACAUCUGGAAAUAUAGGAUAUAGUAAAACUUGUUCGGCAAUGCUAUGUAUAAGGCGCUUCUGAGGCAGUCCGGAAAUUAACGCAGGAUAUUGGCAAAGGAUGGCACAUGAUCUGUUCGUCAAGCAGGUGACGAGGUUCACAGCUCCAAGCUUGAUUUUACACUAAAACUAAAUGAAUACGUCUUCUUGUCUCUUUGAAGGUCCAGAGUGGCAAAGAAUAUUUCACAGAAAUGGUCAUAAAGAGCUUCCAGCUGCUUUGCUUUUGAAGACUACUUUUUACUGAGGAAAAGGUAUAGAUACCUCUGCACAGGAAAUAACUAUUAGCGGGAUGCACACAACAUAAUUCGGGAUGGUUGACGACAACAUGCCUCCGUGGUUGUGGAUUCUCGUGCUAGCCCGCUUAGAGUAGUUAAUCAGUCCAAGCUGGCUCUGAAUGUGUGAUAUUCUUCUCCAUUGAAAUGUGACAUGUCUUCUUUCAUUGUUAACUAGUGAGAAUGAGAACGUCAGUGGGCUUGAUGCCAUGUCAUCAUCGUCGCGCAUGCAUGUGAGACACAGACGGAGCAGAGGGCGCUGUCCAAAGCCGGCGCUUUGAAGAAGCUUAUAGGAUUUCUUCAGGGUUCUCCGAAUUGGAAAAAUUCGAGCUUGGAUUGAAUAGUGGUGAUAAUCAAGAACACUUUCCUAAAAUUGUUUCCAAGGUCGUAGAGCCUGAAAAUGGGGGAAAACAAUUGAACGUUGUAGCAGAAUGUGCAAAGGACCACAACAACUCUUCCCCCUAUCUGCAACAUGUUGGUAACAUUACAAAGUCUACUUUCUAUGUACUUGAACUUCUGGAGGAGCCUGGUCAAGUCGGAGCAAAGCUUCAUUUGCCUUCUCGAGUUUAGUAGAGAGAGGGAAAAGGAGGAUCUGCAGAAAUCAGCAUGUGAGGCAAGUGCUACAGACAGGCUUUUCCAGCAUUUACAAAAUGGAACAAUACCGUCCCAAACGUUUACAAGGAAUAUUGCUGCUGCUGGCACCAGCUAACUUACACCCCAAGGUGGAGAUUUGCCAGUCUAAAUUGCUAUCUUCACAGCUUCUGCAAAAAGGGUGCUGCGGAACCGUAUGACCUCUGUGACGGCUCCACGAGAUCACUGUUGUUACAUGACUGAAAUACGAUGCAAAGAAACUGGUGCUCUUCUGCGGCUCUACAGUUCUAUCUAUCUGCUGUCUGAAG